AUGAAGACCAUCGCUGCUUUUGCCGCCCUCGCCCUUGCCCCCGUCGCUGUGCAAGGCCACGGUCGGUUGGUAACCCCUCCCCACCGCGGCUACAUUGGGAAGCUUCCCAAGUAUGCCCCAUUUGUCCCCCCCAACUGGAGCGACAACAGCCUCAACGCCGGCGGGGUGGGCGCCACCAAGAACGGCCAAUAUGGCAUUUGCGGGGACCCGUUCACCCAAGCUUCCCCCCGCGCCCACGAAACCGGCGGCACUUUCGGUCGGUUUCCCCAGUACGGCGCGAACGUGACGGGGGCGUGCUACGCGCCCGGGGCUGCCAUGAAGCUCAAGGUCCAGCUUACUGCUAACCACAAGGGCUUCUUUGAGAUCGGCCUUUGCAAGCUCAAUGGCCCCAAAGAUGUCGAAACCGAAGCAUGCUUUCAACCGUUGGUGCAGCCGAGCGGAGACGCCAAGUACAAUGUCACCCCCGGCGACUUCUUCGACUUGACGUACGUCCUGCCUCCCGGCGUGACCUGCGAAGGCGAGUCGCAUUGUGUGCUGCGCUGGCACUACACCGGCUGGAACAACUGGGGCGCUAGCACGUGGGGCCAAGAACAUUUCUGGAACUGCGCCGACAUCUUUAUCAGCAGCAAGUGCCCAGCCGCCGGAGACGCCAAGUACAAUGUCACCCCCGGCGACUUCUUCGACUUGACGUACGUCCUGCCUCCCGGCGUGACCUGCGAAGGCGAGUCGCAUUGUGUGCUGCGCUGGCACUACACCGGCUGGAACAACUGGGGCGCUAGCACGUGGGGCCAAGAACAUUUCUGGAACUGCGCCGACAUCUUUAUCAGCAGCAAGUGCCCAGCCGCGUAA